ACAUUUUAUUAUUUUUAUUUACUUCAUGUCAGUAUUUGUCAGUAUUCUUAAUGGUAUUAUUGGCAUAGGUUGUGUGGUGUGAAAUAUUGUUAUCAGUAAUAUAAACACGAUCAAACAUAAAGUAUAUCGAGUAUAACGCUAUCUUAUCUUGGGCGUGCACAAUAAAUCGAUGAUGAUUUUAAGUUAAUCCAAAAGAAGAUUUCAGCGUAAUUUACUAAAAAAAAUACAGAAUUACAAGUAGUAAGCCACACUAAAAAUCAGUGUAAAAUGCAGGCCACUCAACGGGAAACAGCAGUUUCUAUACCGCUUACACCGACGAGAUCGGAUUUAUAUUGGAGAAGGAUUUUCAACAAGUACGACAGAGACAACGAUGGUCGAAUAUCAUACGUAGAGCUUAAAAAUAUAAUCGAAUCAAGGGAAUACGAUCAUGACCUACCCGAUAAUGUAGUGGAAAAGAUCAUGGCAUUGGCAGACCGUGACAACUCAGGUUAUCUCGAAUUCGCCGAGUUUGUGGAGAUGAUGCACAAUCCAGCUUUAAAAGCUGUGUUCGGGCACUUUGUUGCGAGAUAUGUGCAUUCAAUUAUACCACAUCGAGGACCAGUGGAUACGACAGGAAGGUGGUCUGGAUUCCAGCCAGUCUCGUCGUCAGAUGGCGUCCGAACUCGUAGCAAGGCAGUAUUCACGUACACAGACGGAACCUACGAGGAGGAGUACAGUUGCUGGCCACCAGCCGUCUCCAUGAUCAUCAUAUCCUUGGUGGAGAUUGUCCUGUUCUGCUACGAUGAAGCCCAGGGGAAAACAGCUGCGACCGGACCGAUAGCGAAACUAUUCCUCUACAAUCCACGCAAAAGGCAUGAAGCAUGGAGAUUCCUGACAUAUAUGCUGGUGCAUGUAAAUGUAGUACACCUACUUGUCAAUCUUCUGGUGCAGCUGUUCCUCGGGGUACCAUUGGAGAUGGUUCACAAGUGGUGGCGAGUGGUUCUCGUCUAUCUGGCCGGAGUAGCUGCCGGGUCACUAGCCACCAGUUUGGCUGACCCCAAGGUCUACCUUGCAGGCGCUUCUGGAGGAGUGUAUGCGUUAAUUACGGCGCAUAUAGCUACUAUUAUUAUGAAUUGGGCAGAAAUGGAGUUUGCAAUAAUCCAGCUGCUGGUAUUUGUUCUUUUGGCGGGGGUGGACGUCGGUACAGCGGUGUACGAUAGAUAUUGGAAACAGACGCAGCAGAAUAUUGGUUACGUUGCACAUCUUGGAGGUGCCGUUGCUGGACUUUUGGUCGGAAUUGGCGUACUCCGAAACCUAGAAAAGCGCAAGUGGGAGAAGAGGUUGUGGUGGGCGGCAGUCAUACUAUACUUCUCUUUGAUGAUCGCCGGAAUUCUUGCCAAUAUCUUCUGGGAGUCACGGUUCCUAUAAAUGAUCUCUACUUAAUUAAUAAGUAUAAAAAUAUAUGAUUAUUACAUAUAUACUGCAUGGAACGUAAAGAAUAUGUUGAUGGGAAUGAAAUGUUGAAAGUAAGUUUUUGAUAAACAUACAUUAUUAAUUAAUUACGAAAUUAUUUUUAGAUUGUAAAUUCUUAACAAAUUUUGAAAAUUACGUUAAAAAGGUUGGGAUGAAAUUGGUAUUCAACUUCUAACCUAAAUGUUGACUGGGUAAUAUUGAUAUUUAUAUGGCAGCUCAAGUGCUAUAUUUACUAAUCUUAAUUGCUGUACUUGUUGUUUCCAUAAAAUUUACGUAUCCUAGUAAUUAUGACAGGUACUUCGAUUAUGAACCCGGUGGUAGUGUGAUAUUAAUAUUACUAAGGCGCAGCUAUUAGAAGAACCGAUUCGGUACGCAUUAAAAAUAAACACUUUACUGGAUUAAAGACGUUUUAAAAUUAAUUAAUUUUAAUAUAAAAUUACACAUGUGACUCCAGUCAAGACGUCAAAAAAUACACUCAACAUAAACAAUUUUAAAAUUGUGAAACAUAUGUUUAAUUUGUAAAGGUUAUAUUUCAGUUACGCAAUUAGUUUAAUGAUUUAUAUUGAUAAUUUAUUACCUUAAUGAUAAGUGCCUGUUUUGUAUUUAUAUGUCUGCAUGAGUGCUCAAAUGUGUAGCUAUGAAACUGCGUUAUGUAAGUCAACCUCCAAAAAGUCUAAAUUAUUCAUUAAAAUGUCAGAGAAUCUAACAGAAAGACAAUAAUAGUUAAAAGAUUGCAUAGAGUGAUUUAGUUCUUGUUAAUAAGGUGGUGAAAAUGCGGCUAGAAAAUAUCAAAAAUCAAAACAAAUCUCUUCAAUACGUAUUGAUGAGAUUUGUCAAGUAUUAUUGCUCCCUGCCGCAACAUAGUGCCAAAUGUUCUUAGAAUCUAAACCUAAACGUUACGUGUCAUAUUUCUCCGUCUUAGUCUAUCUAAAAUAACUACAAUUUUAACUUCAUUGUAAGUGUGAUAGACAAGACAUUUCGCACUAUGUUGCAGCGGGGAGAAAUUACACUUAAGAAAUCUCAUCAAUACAUAUAUAAACUGUAGAAAGAAUGGGUUUCAUUGCUUACUUACAUGAUAGACACAAAAACUCUGAAUCUAAUUUUUAAAUUGUUUUUAUUUUACACUAUCGACAAGUUGGUAUAGUCUGAUCUCUGCCUUAAUUUUCAUGUGAAAUGAGACUUCAGAGGGAGUAACCACGACAGUCACAGUUGGACUGAUAAGAUCACUUUACUUUGUUAUGCAUUAAAAAGUAAAUCUUAGCCCAAAUAAAACAUGCAAAUGACUAGAAUUUGAAGUUAUGUCUCAAGUGGCCAUUGUAGAAUGUAAGUCAGUCUUUACUCGAUCAAGCUUACUGUAUGACUCAAUAUUUAUAACUAAAAAAAGGCUUGAUAAGUUACAUUAUGGUUAAAAAAAAACAGUAUUUUUACACCGUCCCUUGUAAUGGUUGUUCGUAAGUAGUUCGACAAUACAAUUUUGUACGUCCUUUAAGGAUUAAACGCACAAGUUUUCGAGAAUUUAUGAAAUGGUACUAAAACGGCAUAUUGCCUGACCUAAUACGGUACUGACUAGCGUGCCUUAAGUAUUUUUGUAUUUUUUACUAUUUAAUUAGGGUUAGAAAUAAAUUUAGUAACACGUAUUGUGAGUUCCGUUAUUUUAAUUACCAAAUACAAUUGUACCUAAAUAAAAUAGUUAAGAUUUUGAAAUUGUAUGCAGUAAGUAUUUAUACUUUUUGAUCGCAGUAGUACUUUGAAUAUAAGUAUAACCAUGCACAAAAUCAGUAGCUGCUGUAAUCUUAUGUUAUUUUAUUAAGCAAUGUUUGCAAAUAUGUAUAGAUAACUUGUGCAUUGACAUUUUAUGUACACUUAAAUAUACCUGUGGUAUAAAUGAUUUUUAUAAACUGUAACUUAUAAACAAGUGUUUGUUUAGCUGCCAUUAAAAUUUCAUUUUUUAUUUUCUGAGAUGUACAUAUUAUUGUGUUCAUAUUGUAUAGUUUUCACUAAUUUCUCAAAUGUAUAUUCAACAAAUACGGUUUUGUUACGCAUAUUAUAGCUUUAAUCCCUGCUAAUUAAAACCCCACAGGAUAUUAUAAUAAUUUAUUAUUAAGUAGCUCCUUUGUGUUACAAUUUGUUAACAUAUUUUCUGCAUAGAGGAGUAUCUGAAAUUCACCCAGUUUAACUUCUCCUAUUUAUAGGAGGUACUUGCAACCACAUCUCAAUAGUCCAUAAUAUUCAACAAAUACAAUGUACCUAAAUCUAAUGCUGCCCAUAUUUUCCUCAAUUUCAUGUAUUUACCAAACAUUCUAUAUUAUUUUUUACGGUAUAUUUUCAUGUAUUGAAAACUAGUUUGAAUUUAAAUAUAUGUCUAUUGAAUGA